UGAUCACAUGUGCGAGGAAAUAACUAUUAAAUCGAUUUUAGGUAUUUUAGGCAAGAAACUUACAGAUAUUCGGCUCUAUUAUUUCAGAAUAAAAACUAUCCCAAAUUACAAUCCGACAAAUUGACUUUGUCGCUGCCUAGAAUUCGUAAAAAUCGAAAAAAGCUAACCUAGACGCGAUUUGUUAGGUUAUUUGAUGAGGUCACCGUGGCGUAGUCGUGUCGUCACAACAAAAUAACGGAAAAAUAAAAAUUCGCCAACAUUCAGCGAAGACCUGCAAAAAACCAUUGCAUUUAGUGAAAAGUCUUGCAAUGGUUAGUGGCUUAGUUUCAGGCGUUUCAGAGGAUAAUUCCGAUUUUUCAGAAAACUCCCUUAUGUAGUAGUCGAAGGGUGGAAGGUCGGAAGGAAGGUCGGAAGGAAGGAAGGAAGGAAGGUAGGAAGGUAGGGAGAGACUCUGGGUAAUCUCGAGAGAAGAAGGUAAGAAAAGUGCGGUGAUGAGUGGCACUUUUCGAGGAAGAGGCUUCGGAGCGCGAAGCAAUCGUCCGCAAAAUCCUCACGGCGGUUUUUCCGGGCAACACCCGAACUUCAACCAAAAUCGAAGGUCAUCAUCAAACCAGAAUUUCAACCAGGGCCAAAACUUCAACCAGAAUCGUCGACAGGACAGUCGGCGGCCUCCUGGUGGACAGGACUGGCGAGACAAUUCCGCACAGAGUCCUGGACGAUUUAACAGGCAUUCCGGAAAUGGUCCCCAAUUUCAAGGACACAGCCAGGGACACCAGAGACAUUAUUACAGUAACGGACCUGGCGGUGGAUAUCACGACAGAGGAAGAGGAGGUUUCAAUCCUGGCAGAUUCUCGGGAAGAUCUGGUGGUCGAGAUUCGGAUCGAGGGGAUUCAAUCCGGGAAAGAGAUAGACACCACAGAUAUUCGAGGGACGACAAGCGAAACUUCUUCGACGAGUUUCAGGAGCCUCUUCUGGGCUCGGAGGAGGAGAGACAGCAGAAAAUAUCAAAGACGGUCGACAAAUUGAAGCAGACACUCUCGUCCUUCACCGAGGAGGACAGUAUCAAUUUUUGGGAGGACAAUUUCUCGCCGCCUUCUCCAGGAUCGGAAGAUCCCUCGACCUCAAACUCGAGAAAGGGAAUUCCGGAACUCAAGCAUGGACCUCCCGAGCUGGACUUGAGCUUUAAUGAUUUCAAAGUCAUUGGUCGAGUGGAUGCUUUGGAGACUUCAAAAAGUGAAUCUGGCGGAGUGGAGAACGAAGAGGGAAAUACUGUGUUCAACGGUUCAAACGAACUAGCCAAGAAAGAUUCUCAAACCGAAGAAUUCUCAGAGGACUGUCUAUACUUGCAAGAUCCGCAGGAGGAAGAAUUUAUUUGCCAGCUCGACACAAGACUCUCUGAGUGCGAAAUCGCCUCCUCAAAUUCUGCCCAAGUGCCCGAAUUAAAUUCCGAAUUGAUUCAACCAGCAGAAGUCGUGAACCAGUCCGAAGAAUUUCUCACGACAGAGAAAAUAAUCUCGGAAUUGCAGAUCGGCGAGAGAUCCUCCGAUUUGUUGGACAGCAGUCCAAAUCUUCAAUUCGAGAUCGAUCCCUCAUUUGCCGAAAAUAUCGGCGGCGACUCCACCCAAAAUGAACUAUCAAAUUUCAACGAUCCAACGAUUUUUGACACAUCGAUUGAGCCAAACUUUGAGGAACCAAUUGAAGCGGUCGCUGUUCCUUUUGAGGAAACUUCCAUCCAGGAAGAGCAAAUCGAGACGGAGCUGCAGCAAAAUCUAGAGGAGAAUUUGCAGCAAGAAUUGCAGCAAACCGAUCUUGAGAUACAAAAAGACAUCCAACUCGGCGAAUUGCCGGAGCAACUGUUCAACGAUUUCACGACAGAGCCCGAAGUUCUCCAGGAAAACUUGAAUUUCGAGGGGCCUCUCGAGAUGGAAACCACGAUUCUCGACCAGAAUCAAAUUCAGGGAGAGGAGCAGAUUUUUGAGAAUGAAGCCUUGCCGGGACUGUCGCAGCAAGAGUCGAAUCUAUUCUUUGAAGAACUAGGCCAGAUGGAGGGCAACUUCCCGGAAGAGCAAGACUUCAAAAAAGACAAAGAGGAGGAGGAGGAAGAGGAGGAGGAGGAGGAGGAGGAGGAGGAAAAGGGCGAGAAAGAUUCUGGAACGGAAAACGAGUCCCAGCCUCUGGAACCGCCUCCCAUGUUUGAACUGAACCUGAUGGAGGAAUUCAGUUCCGAUCCCAAAUCACCGAAGCCUCUCCAGCCUCCGCCCAUGUUUGAUCCAAUGGAAGCUUUUCCCGAUCUCCUCGAGGAGUCAAAUCAGGAGGAACCGCUCCAACCUCCGCCGAUGUUUGAACUGGAGCCCGAUUUUAUGGAGGAUCACGACGAACAGUCGAAUUCGAGUAUCAGAAGGUCGCGAAAGCUGGAUCAUCGGGAAGAGUCUGGUUCUUUUGAUCAGCAGCAGCAGCAGCAGCAAACUCAGAAACAUCAGGAAGUUCUUCAGCCACCUCCAGCCUUUGAUCCGCGAGGUCCACAAUUGAAGGUUCCCGGUUUCAAUCAGGAAGUUAUCCAACCUCCGAAGGUCUUCGAUCCGAGACUUUCGAGCCAGCAGAGAAUGGAUUUCGUGUCAACGACAGAAAUGCCCUCGUGGGCGGGACCAAUCGACUAUAUGGCUCCGAAUUUCGUCCCUCCGAUGAUAUCUCAACCCUUCAUUCCGACUGUCGGAUACAACAUGGUUAUUCCUCCACUUGCCAUAGAAUUUCCUCCCUUGCCUCAAGAGAACCAGGUUGCGCCGCCACUUCCUGUCGAACCUGUGCCGGUGCCUGCUCCUGUUCCGGUCCCGGUACCGGUUCCCGUUCCCGUCCCGGUUGCAGCACCCUUUCUCAGUAUGGACGACGAGCUUGAGGACAUGCAGGAGGCGAUGGAGUUUGCGACACAGCUGAUGAACAUGACAGAAAAUGGGGAAAAGUCGGACAAGCGGGAGAAGAGGCGGAAGAGUGAGAGGAAGAAGGAGACGAAAUUGAAGAAGAAGGAAGUGGAGUAUGGUCCGCUGUUGCCGGAGAUGAUGGAGGAGGCGGAGGAGAGUCUGGAGCGAGGUGGCGAGGAGGUUCAGAGUCAGACGUCGGUGCCAGUUCCCGUUCCGACCCCCGAGGAGGAAGUCUUUGCCGACGAUCAAAUCAGGCCCAAGGUGGUCUUUAAUCUGAACAAGGUGAAGAGAAUUUGCAAGGUCGAUGAGUGGCAGCAGCAGCAGCAGCCCGAGGAUGUCGAGGAUUCGAAGGGGAAGAAGAAGAAGUUUCUGAAGGAGAAGGACAAGGAGAAAGAGAAUCAGCUGGUGGAGAGUCAGGAGGAGCGAGAGGAGGUGCGAAGGAGGAGGAGGAGAUCGAAAGAGCGGAAGGACGAGGGCAGAAGAGAGGAGAAAGGUUCCUCGAGAGGCGAGGAGAACAAGGCUUCGACUUCAAAAGAGGAGAAGCGCGAGAAGAAGGAGACUGCCGAGAAUCAGGAGUCCUGGAAGAAUCGUGUGAUCAAACAGUUUCUGAGCAUGGACAGGAAUGAUUUCCACAAUAUGAUAAAUAACACGAGUCGGAGGCGAUUUGAUAUUGCGAUGAAGCAACUUGUCAAGGAGAGAAAAACGUCCCUGUCGCAGGAGAUGCGGAACAAUGAGGAGGAGAAGGUCCGACACUUUGACAGGGAUCAGUUCAUGACACAGUUGAAUCAGAUGCUUGAUCCCGAGGCCUCGGAGAGUGUCGAUAUAUCGAAUUUGCCGACCGAGUUUAUUCAUCAUUUGAGUAUGGUUCUGCAUUUGGAUCCAAUGCCUGGCGGUGGGGCUGAAGAGGCUUCUGGGGAACUCGAGAUGAUGGACUCGGAGGACUUUUUGCAGCAGAUGGGCUUGGCGAAUAAAAAUCAGAGGUGUCAGGAGUUAGGUGGUUAUCAUCCCGAGGAGGAGUACUUGCAUCUGCCGAAUGAGCCUUCGCCCUCGGUCCAGCCGACGACGCCGACGACGCCGGUUGAGAAGAAGAAGAGGCAUCAUGACAAGAAGGUCCAUGUUCAUGUCAUCCGGGUCAAGGAUCCGAGUACUCAGGCCGAAUCUCAUGAAGCGGGAUCAUCGCGGCAAUCGAAAGAAACUCAAAAAUCCGCCCGAGAGCGAGAAAACGGUCAAGUUUCAGCAAGUUUCCGGAAUUCCAUCCGGGAGACACAGUCAAGAGAAGCUCAGCUUCGAGAGGCUCAACUCCGAGAUGAGCAGAUUCGUGAGCAGCAAGCCAAGGAUCAGCACAUUCGAGAUCAGCACUUCCGCGAGCAGCAGAUACGCGAUCAGCAGUUCAAGGAGCAGCAGCAGCAAAUUCGAGAGCAGCACAUUCGCGAGCAGCAAGCGAGGGAAGCUCGGGAAAUUCAAGUUCGCGAGAAUCGAGAGGCCAAGGCUCGCGAGGCGAAAGCUCGAGAGGCAAAGUUGGCUCAGAUGCGUGAGCAGGAGAUGCGCGAGGCGGAAAUCCGAGAGGCGGAAAUUAGAGAGUUGCAGAAAAAGCAGGCGCAGCUCAGAGCUCAACUCGCGCGAGAAAUGCUCGUGAGCGGAUCAUCAACUCUUGAUUCCGGAAGUCCUCCACAUCUGACGUCGGUCCUCGACGACAUCUUCAAGCCGGGACUGACAAAGGGAAAGCCUGAUCGCGAGUCGAAUCGCUCGAAACCGAACAGGAGCGAGACUGUUACUAAACCGCCUGGGAAAUAUCCGACUCUUGGGACAAUGGAGAGGACUCUGGAUGAUAUUUUCUCGGCUGGAAUUGCAAAGGCGAAGGCCUCUCUGAAGACGGUUUCAGCCGAGCCGAGCAGUUUGGAGCAGCAGCAGUUGUGGACGCGGAAGAAGAGGGAGAAUGUUGACACCUUUAGGAAUUUGACGAAGGAAGAAUGGGAGGCGAAACAUGGCAGGUCGAUGAGCGACACUUUUGAGAAGGAAUUUAAUGCCUUGAUUCUGAGGAGAUCGGAGGCUGAAACUUCACAUUCCAAGGGGAAGGAAGUGAGAGCUGUAGAGGUGAGCGACAGAUCUCAAAAGAAAACAUACCAGUGGGACGAAACCCCUCUGCCGGAGAGAAAUAACGACGAGAAUGCGGAAAGACUGCUGGUCAGACACAAGGAAAACCUCGAGGAAGGUGAACUUGUGGAAAGCAACGACGACACCGACAACGACAGUACCUCCAGUUCGACGUCGUCGAGUGACUCGGCCAGUUCGGAAAAUAUUGCUCCCGACGUGACAAAGCUCCUGAAGGUGAUCAAGGAGCGGGAAAAAGUGGCGAAGAAAAAGUCGCUGAACGAGGCCAUCAGGGACGAGGUUGCUGCCGAUAUCGAAAAAAGGAAACGAGAAAAGGAGAGACACAAAGAGAAGAAGUCUCGCAAGCGGAAGAAGCGAGAGAAGAAGGGCAAGAAGAAGAAGAGGACGAGGAAGCACAAGAAGAAGGCGAAACGCAACUCGAAUUCGGGAUCCGACAAGGAACUUCCCGAGAAGCUCUUGACGGAGGACGAGAUCAAAAAGGAGGUCAAAACCGAGCCGAUUUCUCCGGUGGAGAAGAAAGUUGAGAAAAAGAUUCCAGUUGGAGUUGGAGUUGCAGCAGUUGCAAUUAAAUCUUUGCCGGCUCCGGCUCCGGCUCCGGCUCCUGCUGUAGCAGCUUCAGUCAAAACUCUCGGCAAUUCCCCGGCGAAGGUUAAUGUUGACUAUGGACAGAAGAGUCAACUAACAAAGACGAAAGCUCAGUUGAAGCAAAUGCCGGAGAAUUCACUUUUAGUUGAAACUGCCGUCCAGGUUGAUCCAAUUCUUGUAGGUUCAGUUCAGACUGAACUUUUGGAACGAGUUGAAGCUUCAGUUUCUGAUAAAGUCUCACUUCCGGAUAAACCUACAGUUGCUGAGAAAUCGUCAGUUGUUGAUAAAGCUGUUGUUCCUGAGAAAGUUACAGUUGCUGAAAAAGCUUCAGUUCCUGAUAAAGCUGCUGUUUCUACUGUUGAUAAAGCUCCAGUUGCUGACAAGGGAAAAGUUGCUGAUAAAACAUCAGUUCCUGAUGAAGCUUCCGUUUCUGACGAACCUGUUCCCGUUCCAAGUGCGGCUCGUUCCGCGAAAUUGAAUGCUGAAACGCAAACUUUAAUACCAGAUGGAAAUUUGUUAGUUGAUAAGGAAAAAUCUGAGAAAACUGGAGAUGAACAUGCGGAGAUUUUGACUGAGACUAAAGAGAAGGAAGAAGAGGAGCUGAGCGAAAAAGGAAAUAUAGAGGAUAUAGAGAAAGCUGUGAGUGAAUCAAUUGCUCAAGUUUUAAACGAAUCUGCGAUGGAGGUAGAGAAAAGUGAGGAUCUCAAGAAGACUGUUGAAGGCGCGGAAACUUCUCUAGUUGCUGAAGAAAAAACGAAACUGCCCAAGGAAUCGAAAGAAUCGAAAGAAUCGAAAGAAUCGAAAGAAUCCAAGGAGUCCAAGGAAUCUAAAGAAGACAAGGAGUCCAAGGAAGCUAAAGAACCUCCGAAGGAAGACAAAGUUCCAGAAGCAGCGGUUGAAAAGAAACCGAAAUCGCCAGGAAAAUCGCAAGGAUCCGUUCGAGAGAAAAAACCAAAACGAAUCGAUAUUCAAGCCUACAAAGCCCGAACCCUCGAAAGAAGGAAGAAAGAGCAGGAAAAAUUUAAGGAACUUGUCCAGAAUCCAAUUUCCCUGACAACCGACCUUCUUAACAUUCCAAUAGCCACUAAACCUCGAGUCAUCGAAGACCUAAAACCAAAAGCAAAUUCGACAAUUAAGGAACCACCAAAAGCAGAAAUUCAAAAGAAGCGAGAAGAAUCGAAAAAUGACGGAAUAAAAAGUCCAAUAGCUCUGCGGGAUCCUCGUUUAGCGACAAAAGCAGCCCUCGAAAAAAUUUCGAAGAAGGAGAAAAUUUCAAAGAGUGAUCCAAAAGCAAAAGAUUCUGACGAGCGGAAAUUCAAAUUUAUCAAGUCUGAAGGUGGCAAGGAACUGAAGCUCAAAAACAAACCAAAAAGUUCCAAGAAAAUCAAAAAUGAGUCGACACCUCUUGUUGUUAUCGAGAAAAAAAUUGAGAGCCCUCUUCGGAGGUCUUCCAUUUCCUCCGAAUCGGAUUCGCAAACUAAUUUAAAAGAUUCUAGAAAAGACAAAAUGGAACCUAAUUCCAAGAUGCCCAGAGAAAAAGAUCCCAAGGCUCCCAAAGAGAAAGAGUCCAAGAUUCCCAAAGAGAAGGAUCCCAAGGUUCCUAGUGAGAAAGAUUCCAAGAUUUCUAAUGAGAUAGAUUCUCAGAUUGCCAGUAAGAAAGAUCUUAAGAUUUCUGAAGAGAAAGAUUCCAACAUUUCUAAUGAAAAAGAUCCCAUAAUUACUGAUGAGAAAGAUUCCAAAAUUCCGGAUGAGAAAGAUGCCAAAAUUCCCGAUGAGAAAGGUUCCGAAAUUCCGGAUGAGAAAGAUUCCCAAAUUCCUGAUGAGCAAGGUUUCAAAAUUUCUGAUGAGAAAGAUUCCAAAAUUCCUGAGGAAAAAGAUCUCAAAAUUCCUGAGGAAAAAGAACCCAAAAUUGCGGAUGAAAAAUAUCACCAAGUUUCUGAUAAGAAAGAUCCCGCAAUUUGUACUGAGGAAGAUUCCAAAGUGCCUACUGAAAAAGAUCGCAAAAUUCCUGAUGAGAAUGAUCCUGAAAUUCCUACUGAGAAAGAUUCCAAAAUUCCUGCUGAGAAAGAUCCGAAAAUUUCUAAAGAGAAAAAAGUUCCCAAGGCAAAGCCUUAUAAUGUCAGAAAGUUGAAAAUUUAUGGAAAAAAUAAUGCAAAGAUUGAAAAAUUAAUAAGCGACGGUUUGCCGGACACAGUUCCCUCUGAGGAAAUAUCAAAAUAUUUUACAAUGGACUUGGAAAAUUAUCCAACCCUCGUUCAGGAUUUAAUGGAAGAUCCAAUUGACGUUUGUCCAGCCAAGGAAGUCUUUUUUGGAAACAUGUCCCUGAAAGAGGACGAAAUUUCGGAAAUGAAAUCGAAUUUCGAAGACGAGAAAAAGCUCGAGAUAGAGAAUAUUUUUGAGGAUGAUCUGCAGGAGAAGCCGGAACUUUUCGAGUUUGGAAUCGAGGACAAUUUGAAGUUGGUUACCGAAUUGCCGAUUUUGAGCGAUUUGCCUGAAGAGGUAAAUCCUGCGAAGGCGCUCAUCGAGGAAUUGAGUGGCGAAAAUAAUUGCGAUUUGAGGCUAAAGACAAAGUCUCCCGAUUACGCGAAAAACGAGCCCGAGCAGAAUAUUCAGGAGCUGUUUGAACCCACCACCAAUUUGCCGGACGAAUCUGUCUUGGUCAACAAUUUUGAAAUUGCCGCGAUAGAAAAUUUUGAAAUUCCCGCCAUUGUCGAGACAACGGUGGCGACAUCUUCGAGUCACGUGAUUGAAUCGCGCGAACUCGAUGAUUUAAUUGAGUUAAAUUUGCACGUGGAUUCGGAAAAUUUCGUGGAAAAGCCGAGUCUGGAGAGUGAUCAGAAAGUUCUGCCAGACGUGAGAAAAUGCGCGACGGCGGAUUUGUUUACCGAGAAGGGUGAAGAUAACGAGUGUCGCGUCGACGAGAGAGCAGCGUAUUUCGCGGAAUUAACGUCAAAAUCCUCGAUUAGUGAGACUCUUGUCGAGUCAGUUUCAGUUCCCGUUCCGGAUUUGGAAGAAAUUCCGAAGCCUGUGGUCCCAGAAGCCGAAAAUUCGGAUCAGUUUAGUUACAAUUUUGAGGUUAGGUCGAAGCCGACUAAAAUUUCGGAAGUUAUUUUGCAAACAGGCGUCACGAUUGUGAGGCCAGAUAAUUGCGAUAUCGCGAGUGAGAAAACAGUACCGAGUGAAAAAGUGCCCGAGAGUGAAGGUAAAGUGCCGAUAAAUUCCGAAUUUGAGGUUAGAAGUCUCGCGGUGACCGAAUCUGAUAGUUUAAACAAAAAGAUGGGAGUGAGACACAACGAGGUUGACAAAAAUCUGCACAAGGUGAAACACAAGAGAAAAAUGAAGAGGAAGAAGGAGAAGAAGAUGAAGGAGGAGGUCAAGGAAGCGAUAAAAGAGGUUAUGAAACCCGUCACGACGCUCUCGUUGCUCGAGAGAAUGAAGGAAAUUGACAAUGAAAUUCAAAAGUUGAUGGGUGAAAAGACAAAACUGUACGAAAAAAUGGCCGAAAUGGAGAAAAAGGCCAAUUCCGAGAAUGGAGAUAAAAAGCCGACACCUGAGGAUGAUGAAGUUGCCUUUUUCUCGAAAGAGAGCAAAGAGAAAAAGUUGAGCGAGGAUGAGAAAGUGAAAAAGUUGACAAAGGCUGAUUCUCAAGGGAAAAAAUUGUCGGGUACGAGUUCAGACGAAGAAGUCGCGAGAAUUUCUAGAGAGAAGCAGAAGAAGUUGACAACAAAGGUGAAGAAAAAUGCCGAGUCGGAGUCUGACUUUGAAAAUUUGCCUCUGGAUCAAAUUCAAAAACGAGCGAGAUUCAAGAAGAUUGAAGAGGAGAGGGAGAAGGAGACGGAGUUGAAGAAGAGGCCAAAAAGUGUGAUGAAAGUUUCCAACUGGGACGAUGAGAAGAAGAAGAAAACAACGCCAAAGAGGCCAAAAAGUGUGAUGCUCUUUUCCAAGGACAAGUCGAGCGACGAGGAGGAGGAGAAAACAAAGAAGAAGAUUUUGAAGAGGCCCAAAAGUGCGAUGAAAUUGGUCUCGAAAAUUACCGAUGACACGUCUGACGAGGAAAGUGCUGUUUUGAGUAAGAAAAAAUCGACAAAAGUGACUGAGAGACCAAAAAGUGCGAUGAAACUGGUUUCAAAAAUUACCGACGAAACUUCCGACGAGGAAAGUGCUGCUGCUGCUGCUGCUGUUUCGAGCAAGAAAAAAACCCCGAAAGUGACUGAGAGGCCGAAAAGUGCGAUGAAGUUGGUCGCGAAAAUUACGGACGACACUUCGGACGAGGAAGUUGCUCUUUUGAGUAAGAAAAAACUUGCUGCCAAGGGGAGUGAGAGACCGAAAAGUGUGAUGAAAGUUUCGGCGAAAAUUCUGAGCGACGAAGAAAGGGUGAAGGUUGGCGAAAAAAGAAAGAGGCCAAAAAGUGUGAUGAAGAGUCCCGAGGAGGAUGAGACUAGGGCAAAGAAGCCGAAAGAGUCGCCAGCUCUGAAUACAGAGCAGAGAAUAUUUGUCAAGAUUAAGGGAAAACAUGAGCGAGAAAAGGCAAAGAAGAAGGAGGAAAAGAUUGAGAGGACCCAGGAAAAGGAGAGUCCAGAGAAGGAGAAAAAAAUGGGGAUGCCUAUUAUCCAGGUUGACAGAAUUGAUGCUCUGAAGAAGAAAACUGAGAGUCCUGAAGGUGUGAAAAUUGAGAAGGAGAGGAAGAGAAAUUCCGUAACCCCGAAGAAAAAGAGAACUCUCGAUUCUGCUCUGAUUUACUCGGACGAGAGUACUCUGGAGACUCUAGAACCGAACAAGGAGAGUAAAUUGAAGAAAAAUAAUACUGGAUUGGCCCUGCUUGAGCAAUCCUUCAGGAAAGAGAUGGCCGAGGCGAGAAAAGCGAGAGAGGAGAAGAAAAAGACUACUCCGAAAUCCGAUAAAAGUGACAAGAGUCAAAAGUUUCUUGAUGAGAAGAAUCAAAUUUCUGAGAAGGAAACACCAAAGUCUCCAAAUUUGGACAUUUCUAGCGAUAUUCCAGGACCAGAGGAUCAAACUCCCUGUAAAGGUUUUAAUGUUUCUCAUGAUGAAGAGAAGUCGCCGGAAAAGCAGAUUCAGCAAGUCGCGAGAAUUCUCUUUGCAGAGACGAUUGAGGAGGAGAGUCUGAAUGAAGAAGUGCAGAGAAUAAAUUCAAAUGUUGAGAAUCGGGAUCGUCCAACUGUGGAGAGUGAAAAUCCCGUGAGUGAGACAGUAAACGAUGAAACGGCAAAUGAAAAUGUUGAAAAAAUGGACUUCUCCCAGCCAAGCUUGAAGUCUGCGGACUCGAGUAAAUCUUUGGAAAGAGCAGAUUUGCUGUCUCCGAUUUCGGACGAUUCCUUCUCGGACUCGAGUCGAAAGAGGAAGAGACCAGCGAGAAGUUUGUCGAGAGCGGGAAAAAUUACGAGGAGAAGUUCGAGAGCAUCCUCGAGACAGAGAGAGUCACUUGACUCGGAACCUCCGAAAAAGCGAAAGAGAAUUUUGAGUGAUAAAGUUUCUGAAAAGGUUCCUGAGAAGGUUCCCGAAAAAGUUUCCGAGAAAGUUUUGUACUCGAAAAUCAGGGAUUUGCUGAAAUCGGAAAUUAGAACGAGACGCAAGGACAGGAAAAAGAAAACUAGGGAUGAGAUGGAGAAAUGUAGAGUGAAAUUGGUGGAUUUGAAGUACACCUUUUUGAGACAAGAAUUGCCUCAGGGUGUUUUGAAGAGGUUAGGAUUGUCGAGGAUCAAUCCAGUUCCGGAUAGACAAAAUCUGUUAAAAAAUACAACUUCUCUCCAGGAGGAGAUUUUGAAGGUCCAGGAAAUCAAGAGGAUCUCGAUUGAUGAGAGAUUGGAGGGAAGUAGUACUGAGACUACUUGUUAUAUUUUCAAAAUGGAUCAGGGGAACAAACUUGAGGCUGUAAAAAUUGACGAGAAGAAAAAGGAUCAAGUUGAGGAGAAGAGGGAUGAAGUUGAGGAGAAGAAGAAGAAGAAGAAGGCGCAGGAAGCUGAGGAGGAGAAGAAGAAGAAGAUGAAUCAGGAAGUUGAGAAGAAGAGGCAAGGAAUUGAAGAGGAGGAGGAGGAGGAGGAGCAGAAGAAGAAGAAGCAAGAAGUUGGGGAGAAGAAAAAAGAUGAGCAGGGUGAGGAGAAAAGGGAGGAGAAAGUUGAGGAGAAAAGAGAGGGGCAGGUUGUGGAGGAAAAGUGUCAGGAAGAGAGUCCGCCAGUUGAGGGUGUGAGUGAAGUGAAGGAGGUUGAGGGAAAUUCUGGUCAAGAUUCCACGAAAAAAGUUGCUGAACAAAAUGAGGAGGCUCCCGAAAAAGAUGCUGGAGAGAUAAAGAGGGUUGAGAAAAAUGCGGGUGAAACUGCGGCGGAGGGAAGUCGAGAUGAAAACCAGGUUGAAAGUCUCAAGGAUGCAGAGAUUGAGAUUCCUAAAAUUCAGUAUACAGUACACAAAGGACCGGUUUUGGACAUUAAGAUUCUUGGGGACUCUUUCUUGGCUGCGAGCGAAGACGGUGCAAUCUACAGAUACAGUCUGACCUCCAAUGGAAUCUUGAAUAUUUACAAAGGCCACACGCAUGCAGUUACGUGCCUUUAUGUUUUGAAUCCUGAUCCAUCGAAUCCAAGUCGAAGGUGGAUGUAUUCGGGUUCCUUGGAUGGAAGUAUGCGCUGUUACGAUAUUGGGACUGGAGAACAAAUGCAGAGUCCAAUUGUUAUGGGAAGUGCUGUGCAAUGUAUGGAUCAGGCUUGGGGUGCAAUUUUCAUUGGUACUACCUCAGGCCAUGUUGCUCGUUAUCAUAUAAAGACUGUAAACUGUGUAAUUCCUUUGUCCGCUAAUUUGCCGAAGAAACAGUCCGGUAAAAGCGUCCCUGAUCAUAAUCGGCUGAUUUCUGGACGCGACAAUGAGAACCUUUCUUGGACCUUCGCUCGUGGCUUUUAA